CUCAGGAUCGUCACUUCCCUAAACAAGCCGGCCGGGCCGGAGCGGGAUGUGACCCUGGGGCCGGGGCCGGGGCCGCUGCCGCCCGCUGGGCGGUCGCUUCUGGGACGGUGGGGCUGGCCGGCCGCCAUGGAGGAGCGGAAGAUGAAGCGGCGGAGCCCCAAGGCCUCCAGCGCUCACCCCGCCCCGGCUGCCGGCGCCAAGAAGGGUGCCCUGCCCUCCAGCAAGAGCACGGCCUUCGCCCCCGCCGUGCCGCAGCCCGCGGCCCAGAGGCCCAAGCUGAAGCGAACAACAAAAGAGAAAGCCAAACCUCCUGCAACAGAAGGAAAAGGAGCACAGGCCGCUCCAAUACAGCACUCUUUUCUCACAGAUGUAUCAGAUGUCCAGGAGAUGGAAAAGGGACUACUGAGCCUUUUGAAUGACUUCCAUUCUGGCAAACUCCAAGCAUUUGGAAAUGAAUGUUCCAUAGAACAGAUGGAACAUGUGCGGAGUAUGCAGGAGAAGCUGGCACGCUUGAACUUGGAACUAUAUGGGGAGUUGGAAGAACUUCCUGAAGAUAAGAGAAAAAUAGCCAGUGACUCCAAUUUGGACAGGCUGCUAUCAGAUCUGGAAGAACUGAAUUCUUCUAUACAAAAACUACACUUGGCUGAUGCUCAAGAUAUUCCAAAUACUACCACCAGUUAAGAGUGUCGAUUUCUUGAUUUGGGGACAUCUCCAUGAAGCUGUAUUUUAUUUUUCCAGUGAAAUGUUGAAGCUGUAUUUUAUUUUUCCAGUGAAGCCUUUUUUGCACAACAAUGAAUUAUAGUUCAAAUGCAAUGAUUUUUUUUUUUUAGGGGUGUAGGUUGUAGCCAUGUUGGUCUAAGGGCAUAGGCAGACAAGGUUCUUUGGGUGAAUCUGUUAUCUUUUAUUAGACCAACUUAAAUAGUUGGAAAACAAGUUGGUCUAAUAAAAGAUAUCAGAUUCACCCAAAGAGCCUUGUCUGCCGAUGUUUGUUUUUUUUUUUUUUUUGGUAUUAGCUGAUUUGAGCACUGCAGUGCGUCCGGGUUGGAAUCUAGAGAUUUAACUACAGUGCUUGUGCUGCCAUGCUGUACGUUGUUGCCUUAUUAAAUAUAAAAUUUGGGAAAACUUGAAAGUACAUUUUUCCUAUUCAGCAUUGUUCAUAUGUCUGAAUUCACUUAUGUAUAUAUGUUCUCUCGCAUUGCUGUGAUUUUUAACUAAGGUGGCAGUGAUGUUGCUGCCUUCUUAUUCAAUAUGUGGACAAUCUGCAUACUUUUUUUGGUGUUUUAUUGAUCAAUGAUGCCACUAAAAAAAAGUGUUAAUGAAUUUAUUAAUACAAAUCAUUUUAAAAUACGCUACCCACAUUUUGUGUAGUAAAGUUCUCUCUCCAUAAUCAA